CUCCCUCCGUUCGCCUGCUGACUGUGCUCACUGAAGACGCCCUUAGCAACAACACAAAGCUCCGUCGAAUAAGAUACUCUCGUCACUCUGAAGGAUUUACACAGUGCAGAUUUACUGCACUCACUUCAGGUGAAGCUUCCUGCGAGGAGGAUCCUCCGCUUGUUUCUGCUGGAAACAUGAGGUUUGUGAACAGCUAGCGAGCUAGCCUGUUUUCUGGCUAGCCGUGACCGGAGACGAGCACAGCAGCCCCAAGCUGUCCCGAAGGAGGACAAUUCCUGGGUGUUCGACGAGUGGUUGCAUCGCUGUUUGCUAACUACCAAGUCAGCUAACCGGGACGGGAAUGGUGCUCUGGAUCGACUCAUUGUACCGUCAGAGAAAGGCGAGGGGCACGCGGGUCAGACAAGCUAUCUGUAACAUUUGGACUCAAACUACUUUCAGCAGAGGGAGCGGCUCCCGUCCGGACGAGUGUUUUUGUGGCUGCGCGAGCUAGCUGACUAGCUAGCCGAGGGAAACGACCCCCCACCGACUGUUGAGGUUUUUCAGACUGCUACAAAGGCUAAUGUUGGCCAGAACCGUGUGUAAAUACACGAUUCUGGGGGUUAUUAAAACAAGGAUGAAUCCCUGUUAAAGCCACAAAGAGAGCUAGUUUACCCCGAAGAGAAAAAACGAGUCAGUUCAUUAUAGUAACUCGAAGGUAUUUGGACUCUUGAAAGCAAAUAUUUUUCAAACAAAGUUUUAAAUGCUGUUAGCUUAGUUUGCUAAGUGAUUUGAACUUUUAUUACAAAAAAAGAGUCCUGGAUUGUUUUUUAACUUUGGAUGCUGGCAUCACCAAGUAAUUGCAAUCAUGAUGAUAAUAAGCAGAAAACCAGAGGGCCCAAUAGCAACAGUACGCCAUGGUGACGGCCUCUACGACUCUUACAUGAGGACAGACCACAUCCUUAAAGACGAAGCAGAUACAAACAGUCCAUCUGGGCUGCCCCCGAUGCCCAAACACACAGUUGUCACUAACAAAGUUGUAAUGCGGGAUCAGGUGACUGUGCGUGGCGGCCAGCUGAAAGUCAAGUACCUGUAUGAGGACUCAACUAAUAACCGAAAGAUCAAUGCCAUUACCACGGCAACCACUCAAAAUGGCGGGAGUGUGGGUCAGACGCCUACUAAGUCUGCCCCAGUCUCCAGCCUGUCCAAGGAGCACAGUGUUGACAGCACUGAUUCCAGUAAAGGCUCCAGUGAAUCUUCUGGCUCACAUGGAGCUGGGAAUGGAGGGAACAGUGCCAAGCUGUGUGGCCCACUCACACCUGACCAGGCUCUGAGACUGUACCGAUCCCAGCUUAGCCCCCUGGAACAGACAGAGAUCCACUCCUACCCAGAUAUCUACUUUGUGGGACCUAAUGCCAAGAAGAGGCCUGGCAUUGUUGGAGGCAGCAACAACUGUGGCUACGAUGACGAGCAGGGUGGUUACAUUAAUGUUCCCCAUGACCACCUGGCUUACCGCUACGAGUUCCUGAAGAUAAUCGGUAAGGGUAGCUUUGGCCAGGUGGCUAAAGUAUAUGACCACAAGCUGCAGCAGCACCUGGCUUUAAAAAUGGUGCGUAACGAGAAGCGUUUCCACCGGCAGGCGCAGGAGGAAAUCCGGAUCCUGGAGCACCUGCGCAAGCAGGACCGUAACGGCGCUAUGAAUGUUGUGCACAUGCUUGAGAACUUCACCUUCCGCAACCACAUCUGUAUGACCUUUGAGCUGUUGAGCAUGAACUUGUAUGAGCUUAUAAAGCGCAACAAGUUCCAGGGCUUCAGUUUGCCGCUGGUCAGAAAGUUUGCACACUCCAUCCUGCAGUGCCUUGAGGCCCUGAGCAGGCACAGAAUCAUUCACUGUGAUCUCAAGCCAGAGAACAUCCUACUCAAACAGCAGGGCCGCAGCGGCAUCAAGGUGAUUGACUUUGGCUCCAGCUGUUUUGAGCAUCAGCGGGUGUACACCUACAUCCAGUCUCGUUUUUACCGAGCUCCAGAGGUGAUUCUUGGUUCACGUUACGGCCUUCCCAUCGACAUGUGGAGCUUUGGCUGCAUAUUGGCCGAACUGCUGACUGGUUACCCACUGUUUCCCGGUGAAGACGAGGGUGACCAGUUGGCUUGUGUCAUGGAGCUGCUGGGCAUGCCCCCACAGAAGGUUCUAGAGCAGGCUAAAAGAGCAAAGAACUUCAUCAACUCCAAGGGCCACCCUCGCUACUGCGGAGCCAACACCCUGCCAACCGGGGCCACCGUGCUAACAGGGUCUCGUUCACGCCGCGGCAAGAUGAGGGGCCCCCCUGGUAGCAAGGAGUGGAGCGCUGCUCUCAAGGGCUGCGAGGACCCCACGUUUACUGACUUCAUAAAGAAGUGUUUGGACUGGGAUCCCUUGUCCCGCCUCACCCCCAGCCAGGCCCUCAGACACCCCUGGCUGUAUCGCCGGCUUCCCAAACCCUUACCUGGGACAGAAAAGAGCCCAGGGCCUACUGUGAAACGACUUCCCGAGCACCACAGCACCUCCUUUCCCUCCAUCCUGGCCAAAGGAGGGCCUGGCUUAGGCACUACAUCUGCCAGCAACAAACUGAGAAGCAACAUGAUGGGAGAUUCAGUGGAGGCCAUACCUCUUCGCACAGUCCUACCUAAACUUGUCUCAUAAUGGAGAGAGAGAGACAUUCCUCUCUUUCUUCCCUUUUUCCACCUAUGCACUCCUCAGGAGGAGUCAGAGUACUGGAGAAAGUGGUUUUAAAACUUGUUUGGUUGUUCUUUUAUUUGUUUUCCACUGAGAGGUGUCGACACCCCAGUUUCUGGUUUUAAUAUUAGCUAAAGACACAGAGAGAUCAUAAAAGAAGCAUUAAAGUUUUUAUACAGAGGAUUUCCUCGAGUGGCUGUGGAAUUUCUGCACACAGCCUACUGAUAAGGUUUGAUUUAGACUAUGCUUUUUAAAAAAAACCUCCUUUGUGUGAGUGGACAGCUUUGUUGAUGAGAAAAUGUUUUUAACCUGUGCUUGAUCUCACUUGAGUGUCGUGUUUGAGCAAAGCACACUCAAACACACUUGCACUGUCAUUUGCCUCACUUCACAAUCGCAGGAUGCUGCCGUUUUCAUACGUUUCAAACUUGAAAAGGGCUACAGAGAUUUCUCCUAUCAGGUUAGAGUUAGAAAGAUUAUAUUUGUUCAGUAAGUUAAUAGAGGAAUGCAAAAAAAAGAAUCAUGUUCAAGGAUGUGGGUACUGAUGUCAUUGUUCCUAACAACAUAAAUGCCUUUAAACAGGUGUAGCGAAAAACUAGAGAAACCGCCUCUUCUGAUCCCCUGUGCUUAGCGUGUGGCGCUACAUGCUAUCGCUUCGAGACGCUACAUUGGGAGACAUCAUGAAAAGGGCAUGAGACAGCCUUUUUACAGCUCUCCCCACCCUCCUCAUCCUUUCUGUAGUUUUCACCAUGCUAGUGACAAAAGGGUUGGGGAGGACAGUAGCACCACUCAAACUUUGCCACGAAGGUGUCACCGUCACACUCAGUACUUCACAACUGGUUUACGAGACACUGUAAUGUGAAGCUGGCUCACAUAAACUGAUAAACAUUUGAGAGAAGAGUUGCAGGUCAAUGCACAUACACAAGGGUGUUCGCCAGGAAAGUUGUUUGAAAGUUAGCAUAAUUGUCACGUUGCUCCUUUCUGUGAUAGGCUGCUGUGAUUGUUGGCAGUGGUAGUCCAAAUGGAAGAAUAUGGCAAGGUGUGAAGUAUCUUGGGGGAACAUGAAGAGCGGUAUGUUUAAUGUGAGUCAGGAUUCUUUUGUUUUUCCCCUCUGGGGGAGAUGUAGAGGACAGGCCAGUGACAGAUUUUUUUUUUUCUUUUCUAAUGGUACUGAAGAAUGAAGUGUUUCUCAGGGAGACAUACUUGAUACAUCCCUCAAACUUACAUUUAGCGCCCCCCUGCCCCCCUCACUGUGAACGAACACGCAUGCCGUUCUGUCCAGAGAGCAAGAGAUUGCAUUUACGAUUUUCCGCGGAGGGGGCAUGCAUGUGCCACUGUCUGACCUAGAUUCACUCCUCCCCUUCCAACUGUCUCUUUUUUUUUUCUCACUGUCUCAUGUAGGACAGGGAACCUCUUUAACACAAAUAAAUAGUGAGUUAUGGUGCUGUCCAAAGCGUGCACGCACACAGACACGCGCACACAAAACACGUCAGGUGCAUGUUGAUAUGGACCACACCACAACAAAGAGUUCUUUCUCUUGUCCCUCAUUUUCUAAGUGAGACUGUCAGGGAUUUCUACUUUGUCUCCAACUUUUUUCUUCUUUCUUUUUAUAGAAGUGGUUUCUAUUGCUUUUUACUCCAGAAUAUCAAGAGGAUGUAAAACUGCAAAAGCCAGAUGAGGAGAAAGUCGUAUACUGUCAUGUUAUACUAGUGGUGUGAGCUAGGAAGGUGUUUGGUGUUCAGCAUGAAAUCACAACCUGUUAUCAGACUGAGUGACAACGAGAAGAGAAACUGUACAGUAACCAAAUGAAGUUGUGAUAGUUUCUUUUUCUAAAAAAAUUAAAUAAAAAUGGCUGUUGA